GUGGGUGUGACGCACUUCCUGCUGAACUCGGUGGGCGAGUGGAAGAGAAACACUGAUGGCGGGGGAGGUGUACCUGCUUUGGUUACUGCCGUUAUUACAAACGCUGGCAUCUUAUGGAGCGGAGCUCUCCUCUGAGGCCUGCAGGGAGAUGGGCUUCUCCAGCAAUCUCCUGUGCAGCUCCUGUGAUCUCCUGGGUCAGUUCAGCCUGGGCCAGUUAGACCUUCCCUGCAGGCAGUGCUGCCAAGAGGAGGCUCAGCUGGAGUCUAGGAAGCUCUAUCCAGGAGCAAUACUUGAGGUCUGUGGAUGAAAAUUGGGGAGGUUCCCUCAAGUCCAAGCUUUUGUCAGGAGUGACAAGCCAAAGAUGUUCAGGGGUCUUCAGAUCAAGUAUGUGAGAGGCUCAGACCCUGUACUAAAGCUGCUGGACGAUAACGGGAACAUUGCUGACGAGCUCAGCAUCCUCAAGUGGAACACAGACAGCGUCGAAGAAUUUCUUAGUGAGAAGUUAGAACGAAUUUAGACUCGGUUUCAUAUUUAAAGCCAGCUUUUCACUAUUAGCUUUUUUGUAUAAAUCUAAAUUUCAAAGAACCACUGUUAAUUUUCAUGCUUGAUAAUGGACAUUAAAACAUUGUUCUUUUUUUUUUUAUAUAAAUCUUUGGAAGUAAAUGCAUCAGUGUCUGGUUUAAGGUUAAGUGAUCAGGACAUACUGUACUUAUUUUUAGUAAAUUCUUCUCCUGCAUAUUGUUGAAUCAUUGAUGUGCUGUGACCUUUUAUACAUCUUGUGUCUGAGUGAAGCCUGUUGAAUGUGCUGGUUUGGUAAAGCUUGUGGCGACUCUUCAGAAGCGCAUGUUUAUGUGGAUUUGCACGUUAGUGAAGGCCUGACAGUAAACCAGUUCCUGGCAUGUGAGGCCUGAAGACCCUGUGUGACUCUCUGAGCAUGUUGUUAUGGCGAGAACCUUCGAGCUCUAUCCCAGUAUUGGACGCUGGAACCUCCUCAUUUAAAUGUUUCAAAAAAUUCAAUUUGAACUCAAUUUCAUUAGCACACAAACAAAUAAACCUGUUUUUCAUAUUAA